AUGGCAGCUCCGGCAAUCAAAGAUCUAAUCGGUAUACCCCUUACUACAGUCGGUAUCGUGACGGUGUGGAAUCAAAGGGUGCGAUCGCUUCACCCCUGUGGAUCCUUGAUGCGAGCGUCAAAAGAGGUGCGUCAUUCGGUGACACGUGGUGAUGCCAUUCUUCUAGCCAAACUUCCUAGAUUUGUCAUCCCGGACAGAUGUCAUUGGUUAAACCUUGGAAGGACCUAG